AUGAAACCACAGGCUCUGAAGAAGGAUUCACUUGAACAGCAGACUCAGUGGAGUCCAGCACAGUGCUUUAUAGAAAAAAGUAAAUGCAUCCAAAAAGGCAAACCAUCCUUGUACCAAAUACAAUAUCAAGAGGUAAGUCGAGAUGAAGAAAGUCGAACUGCAAGAUUCAAGCUGGCGUGGGAAUUCGAGCCUAUUGGGAUGGAGGAAAAGGUGAUCAUUCUCCUUGGGGCGACUGGCGCAGGCAAGACAACGUUGGUGAACGCCAUCGUCAAUCACUAUUACGGAGUCAAGUGGGAAGACCCAUACCGAUUGGUUUUGAUUCCUGACAACGAAAACAAAAUGAAAUCAAAAGCUCACAGUCAGACGUCGUGGAUCACUGCUUACACAUUAACCUGGCUAAAUGGAUGUCGAGAACCCUAUAACCUCAUCAUCGUGGACACACCAGGAUUCGGCGACACGAGUGGAUUAAUUGGAGACAAAAGCAUCACAACCCAGCUUCAAAAAUUCUUCUCCAAUAGUCAACCCGAAGGUCCGGAUUUUCUGCAUGGAAUCGGCUUCGUUCUCCAAGCAUCUAAUGCUAGAUUAACCCCGACUGAGAAAUACAUAUUUGACUCCAUACUUUCUGCCUUCGGAAAAGACGCUGUCAAUAGUAUUUAUUUGAUGAUCACAUUUGCUGAUAGCAAGGCACCACCUGUUCUCCAGGCUGUGAAUGAAGGAAAUCUACAUCAUGAGGCAUACUUUCGCUUCAAUAACUCAGCCUUAUACACAUCCAACGACAGAAAUUCCGAGGAUUACCGAUUUGACGAAAUGUUUUGGAAACUAGGUGCUACUAGUUUCAAUGAUUUCUUUUUGAAAUUUCGGCAAAGCAAGUCUGUGAGUCUUCAACUUAGCAAAGAAGUCUUGAAGGAGAGAGGUGCCCUGGAAGCAAUCAUCCAAGGGAUACAGAACAGGAUUCAAGAGGUCGUUUCAAUCCUUAAGCAACCCUUCUUCAGCGAAUCCAGACUGCCGAAUGGUCACAUGCCCAGGAGUCCAGACCUGCUCUCAGGAGCCGCAACUGUGAGCAGGUCGCAGUCGGUGAUGGCGUGGGCGGGCAUUUGUGCCAUGGGCACGUCUCCUCUGGUUUUUAUGGAAAAAGGGAUGAAGAACAAUGUAGUCGUGUAUCAGGGCCGCAUCUUGAGAGCAGUUCUGGACCCCUGGGCACGUGACCAUUUCGCCAAAAAUGAAUGGACGCUGCAAGAAAACUGGACGCCAGCGCACGGAGCGAAGACGACGAUGGAGAAUCCGGGGGACGGACACCUGGUGCUCAAAACUCAUCAGAUCUCACCCUAA